CACAGCGCCGUCUCAUGGAUAACGAAUCUCACACGAAGAGAAACUCUGACGAAUUGAACGUCAUGCAGAUCGCGAGGUCGAAGAUCGCCGAACGAAAACAGUGACUUCUUCCAUAUCGGUUCAAGGAGGCUCUCGAACUGGUUGAAGACUUGGGUCACAGCUGGUGGUCUCAUCGAUAAAGAAACAUUGUGAUUUCACGCAGUUAACUGUUUUAUUAUAAAAAUAUAAAUUUCACGAAUAGAAAUUCAUAUAUUGACGUGUUUUAGAACUUUUAUAAGCAAAGAAAUAUACACGAAAGAGAUUGUUUGCUGGAAAAUUGGUAGAAUAAUGCAGAUUAAAGAUAAACGAGUUAUAGUAACUGGAGCAGCAAGUGAUGUGGGUCUGGCAUUUAGUAAAGAGCUGCUGCGAAAUGGCGCUUCGAUGAUAGUUAUGAUCGAUAUAAAGCAAUGGAUUGGAGAUCAAGCUGUAGAGAGUUUAAACAACGAGUUUGGCCGCAAACGAACUGUAUUUCUUCGCUGCGAUGUAACAAAUAAUUCCGAAUUUGACACCACGUUGAAAGAGGCAAUCAGCAUUCUGGGUGGGCUGGACAUUUUAAUAAACAAUGCAGGCGUAAUAAAUGAAAUUGACUUUUCCAAAACAAUUGAUGUUAAUGUGACAGCUGUGAUUCGUGGGACUCUUCUGGGGAUUCAACAGAUGCGAAAAGAUUCUGGUGGCAAGGGUGGUAUUAUCGUAAAUAUUUCGUCCAUUGCCGGAUUACGAGCUGUAUCUCAGCUUCCAGUAUAUUCUGCUACAAAACAUGCCGUGGUUAGUUUCAGCCGUUCCUUUGCGCAACCUUAUCACUACGAAAGGACUAAUGUAAAAGUAAUUGUUCUGUGUCCCGGUUUGACCGACAUAUCAGAAGAUGUAUCACAGGGUAUUUCAAACGUUAAUACUUUGCAGAAUGAUCGACAACAGAAGGUGGAGAGCGUUGCUCAUGGAUUGAUAUACGUAAUUCGAUGCGCACAGAACGGCAGUGUGUGGAUUAGCGAAGAUGGAAAACCAGUUUUUGAGGUGCAGCUUCCCGAUACUUUGCCGCAAAAAAUUGAAGUUGAUGCACAGAAUUACUUGAUAAAAUCGAAAUAUAUUACGCAAACUAAAGUCGCACUGCGGCAUAAAGAAUACAGGAAAUCACAUUUCAACAACAACGUUAGUUAUAAGCCAAGUUUGAGAAUCGUUCGCCGUCGUUCUUCAGCAUCUGAAAGGGCGAAAGAGAUAGAAGCGAUCAAUUGCAUUGUUUCUGGAAAAAAUGUUGUAAUAACUGGCGGUGCAGCAGGAUUGGGCUACGCCUUUCUUAAUCAUUUCUUGAAGCACGGAGCAAAGAAAAUAAUUGUAUUGGAUAUCGAUGCUGAAACCGGUAAACGAAUUGAGCUCGGCGUUGAAAAAUCUUACGGCGAGAAGAAAGUGCACUUCAUACAUACCGACGUAUCUAAUCACAAACAUGUGACUGAUGCUUUUGAACAAGCAUCAACGCUAUUAGAAACCAUUGACAUCGUGAUAAAUAACGCUGGAGUUUUAGAUGAACGAAGAUGGGAAAAGGAAAUCUCGGUUAACAUUGGAGGCAUGGUCAGCACUGCGAUGCUAGCUGUACAAUAUAUGAGCAGAGAUACGGGCGGUCACGGUGGUAUCUUGGUAAACGUGAGCCAGCAUAUGGAUAUUCGAAAUACAGCUCAACUUCCGGUUUACACUGCCACGAAGCACGCCAUCAUCGGUCUAUCGCAGUCUCUAUCGGAUCCUUAUCACUACGAGAAGACCGGUGUUACCGUAAUAACUUUGUGUCCAGGACUGACAGAAACUGCACUGACAGUAGAUAGUCCUAAUAAACUUCUUUCCAGAGUCAUGAAGGCAGAUUUCGUUAAGAAUCUUGAACAGUUUCCGAUACAAACGCCUUACAUAGUCGCGCAAGGCCUGAUGACGAUAUUGAGGAUUGGUGAGUCUGGCAGUAUUUGGGUUAUCGAGAGCGGCAAAGCGCCUUACGAGGUUUAUGUACCGAAUCCGCGUACUCUGCGUCGUCAUUAUAAGAACAACUUCCCACACGUCGAUACUAAGGUCGCGAGAGGUCGCGCGAUAAGAGAAGUCUGCGACAGUACGAGGACAGGUCUGAUGAGUUGCGCCUGA